AGCUCACGGACACGUAGUGGAUUCCAAGGAGAGAACCUCCUCCAAGUAUCUAAGCACAGUCUCCCUCACGCAGCUGUGCAAACACUUCACCACGACCCCUAUUUAAGCUUCCUCUCAUGGCGUGGACAAUCCUAGAACCAAGCUAGAUAAAAUCCUCUGCCUUGCCUUGGAGCUCAACUCGACCAUGCCGUCGCCGAUCCUACCGGCCAAGGAGGUGGAGGAGGUGGUCACCGCCAACGAAGAGGUGACAGAUAUCAUAGUCCAGAGGGUGCCGUACUGGGACCCUCCGACGGUCCGGGCGCUGGACACGAGCGAGCUGACCACCUGGUCUCUCUACCGCGCCCUCAUCGGCGAGUUCACGGCCUCCCUCAUCCUCCUCUACGUGAGCAUCGCCACCGUCAUCGGGUACCGGAACCAGUCCUCCGGCGCCGACGAGCGGUGCACCGGCGUCGGCUACCUCGGCGUCGCCUGGUCCUUCGGCGCCACCGUCUCCGUCCUCGUCUACUCCACCAGCGGCGUCUCAGGUGGGCACAUAAACCCGGCAGUGACGUUCGCGCUGUUCAUCGCCGGGAAGGUGACGCUGGUGCGCUCGGUGCUGUACGUGGCGGCGCAGUGCCUCGGCGCCGUCGUCGGCGUGGGCAUCGUGAAGGGGAUCAUGAAGCACCCCUACGACGACUUCGGCGGCGGCGCCAACGCGGUGGCCGGGGGGUACUCUCUCGGGGCGGCCCUCGGCGCGGAGAUCUUCGGCACCUUCGUCCUCGCCUACACCGUCUUCUCCGCCACCGACCCCAAGCGCACCGCCCGCGACGCCUUCGUCCCCCUGGUGGCGGCGCUACCGAUCGGUUUGUCGGUGUUCGUGGUGCACCUGGCGACCAUCCCGAUCACCGGCACCGGCAUCAACCCGGCCAGGAGCCUGGGCGCCGCCGUCCUGUACAACCAGCACAAAACCUGGAAGCAACACUGGAUCUUCUGGGUCGGGCCCUUCACCGGCGCGGCCUUAGCGGCGUUCUACCACAAGAUCGUGCUGCGCGACGAGGCUGUAGUGAAGGAGUCGCUAGAAAAGCUGGGCUCGUUCAAGAGGAGCGGCUCGACCGCUUGAAGAUCGAGGAGAGGAGACCAUGCGCCACGCAUGCAUAUACAGUACAGUAUUUUUCAUCGGGGUAAUGAGGAUCGAAAAUGUUGGUGGUUGGUUUUUACUGCUUCUCUCGGCACUGUAAUGUACGGAAUCUUGCUCUAGUAUCGUUGGUUAAUUAAGCGUGUCUUUUUUUUUUGAGGUGUAAUUAAGCGUGUCUUGAGACUCUUGACGUGCGCCGUUCGUCAUGAUGCUUAUCAACUGGUCCAUUCGGAACGAGCGAAA